GCCGGCUUGCGCGGCCAGAGCAGUUUGCUGUGGGCGGCGCUGCUGAGAGACUCCGUACAGGAUGGGUAAAAAGAUCAAAAAGGAAGUUGAACCCCCUCCUAAGGAUGUGUUUGAUCCACUAAUAAUUGAAAGCAAAAAGGCUGCAACUGUAGUGUUAAUGCUCAAUUCUCCAGAAGAAGAAAUUUUGGCUAAAGCAUGUGAAGCCAUCUAUAAGUUUGCUUUGAAAGGUGAGGAAAAUAAAGCAACUCUCCUUGAACUUGGAGCUGUGGAACCUUUAACCAAACUGCUCACCCAUGAAGACAAAAUUGUAAGAAGAAAUGCCAUUAUGAUAUUUGGAAUCCUGGCAUCUAAUAGUGAUGUUAAAAAACUGUUAAGGGAAUUAGAUGUCAUGAAUUCUGUUAUUGCUCAGCUUGCUCCAGAAGAAGAAGUGGUAAUUCAUGAGUUUGCUAGUCUUUGUCUCGCAAACAUGUCUGUGGAGUACACUGGUAAAGUGCAAAUACUUGAACAUGGUGGACUGGAGCCACUCCUCAGACUAUUGAGCAGCCCAGACCCAGAUGUGAAGAAGAAUUCCAUUGAAUGCAUCUACAAUUUGGUACAGGAUUUUCAGUGCAGAAGCACACUUCAAGAACUAAAUGCAAUCCCCUCAAUGCUAGAACUUCUGAAGUCAGAAUAUCCAGUUAUUCAGUUGUUGGCACUGAAAACCCUAGGCAUUAUUACAAAUGAUAAGGAGUCCCGGAUGAUGCUGCGAGACAACCAAGGUCUGGACUACCUUAUUAAGAUCCUAGAAACCAAGGAAAUGAAUGACCUUCACAUAGAAGCACUCUUUGUGAUAGCUAAUUGCCUUGAAGACAUGGAUACAGUGGUACUGAUGCAACAGACAGGCGGGCUUAAAAAACUCCUCUGGUUUGCAGAAAACUCUUCAGUUCCUGAUAUUCAGAAGAAUGCAGCAAAAGCAAUCACUAAAGCAGCUUGUGAUUCUGAAAAUAGAAAACUUUUUCACGAACAAGAAGUUGAAAAAUGCCUGGUAACCCUUUUGGGUUCUGAAAGUGAUGGGACUAAAAUUGCUGCUUCCCAAGCUAUUUCAGCAAUGUGUGAGAAUACCAGCAGCAAAGAUUAUUUCAAUACUCAGGGGAUCCCACAGAUAGUUCAGUUGCUCAAAAGUGACAAUGAAGAGGUGAGGGAGGCAGCAGCUCUGGCCCUUGCAAACCUGACCACUUGCAACCCUGCCAAUGCCAAUGUGGCUGCUGAAGCUGAUGCUAUUGAUCCAUUAAUAAGCAUCCUGUCCAGUAAGCGAGAUGGAGCUAUUGCCAAUGCUGCAACAGUGUUAACAAACAUGGCUAUGCAGGAGCCACUACGCAUUGCCAUCCACAGUCAUGACAUCAUGCAUGCAAUUAUCAACCCUCUGCAUUCCACCAACACUGUGGUGCAGAGCAAAGCUGCUCUCACUGUUGCUGCCACAGCUUGUGAUGUGGAGACUCGCACAGAGUUAAGAAACUGUGGUGGACUGGAGCCUCUGAUAGAGCUUCUGCGCUCAAAGAACAAUGAAGUCCGAAGGCAUGCCAGUUGGGCUAUUAUGGUCUGUGCCAAUGAUGAGCUGAUGGCUGUUGAAUUAUGUAAACUUGGGGCCCUAGAUGUCCUUGCAGAAAUUAAUCUAUCAGUAACCCAAAAAAAUAAAUUCAGUGAGGCAGCUUAUAACAAAUUGCUCAACAGCAAUCUUCCCCUGAAAUACAGCCAGACUGGCUGUUUGUCAUCAAGCAACAUAAUUAGUGAUGGAUUCUAUGACUACGGGCGGAUAAAUACUGGCACCAAACUUUUGCCAUUAAAGGAGCUCUGCUUGCAAGAACUGAAUGAUCAACGUGCUGUACUCUUAAUCAACAGUAAAUCUGAUGUUUCUCCCCCUCCAUCUACGGAAGAUAAGUCAUCAGAUGUUGGCUAUGGACGAAGCAUUUCUUCUUCAUCUUCCUUAAGAAGAGCAAGUAAAGAAAAGACCAAUACUGGACUUGGAUCCCCCACAGAAGAGAAAUCAGAAUCCGCUUCAGGACGAAAUACUGGACUUAGCAAAAGUGCCGCCAAAGAAAAGGGGUCUAGAAAAGGCAGAGGAAAAAAAGAAGAGGAAAAAGUGAAAGAGGAAGAAGAGGUUCUGACAGUUCCAAAACUGACUGAAGGCAGCCCUGAUAAAGAAUGGUCCCCUCCCCAUGACCCUGAAUUCUGCAUGUAUGUGUAUGAGGUGACUAAAUCCAUUCUGCCUGUAACUAAUGUUAAGGAACAGAUCGAGACUCUUGCCAAGUAUGUAGCAGAUAAAAUGGGUGGUAAGAUUCCAAAAGAGAAACUGUCUGAUUUCAGCUGGGAACUUCACAUAAGUGAACUGAAAUUUCAACUCAAAUCUAAUGUUAUACCAAUUGGAUACAUCAAAAAAGGGAUCUUCUACCAUCGAGCUUUGCUUUUCAAGGCGCUGGCUGAUAAAAUUGGCAUUGGUUGUUGCCUGGUGCGAGGGGAGUACAGCCGAGCAUGGAAUGAAGUGAAGCUGCUGAACGAGGUUCACAAGGGCACGGUCGGAGGUGGCACCGCACCAGAGGUCUACAUCGUGGACCUCAUGUUCCACCCCGGGGCCCUGAUGAAGGUGGGGAGCAGAGACGCCGACCUUUACAGACUCCUCUAAACAAUGGACGCAACGCGGCAGUGGUUCACACCAGAUACUUGCUAGACAGGUUUUCUAAGAAGUCCACUAGCUGAGCUGAUUCCUUUAGAUAAAAGUCAGGAUGCAGAAACGGCAGAGAUGUGGAUAGAUAUGUAGUGGCUGGAGUUCAUUCAACUUAAGGUUAUUAUGGGUGAAAUCAACUAAACUCCUUGUGGCUUUGCAGUCAUUAGUGAAGGCACACAGCUGAUGCUCCCCAUGAUGGGAGAGCCUUGUCACUGUGAGGAACAUUUGGUUAAAUAAACUCAGUGGAGUUCCUUUGCAGUGGCAAGACUUCCUGGAGCACCUAUCCUCUUCUGUGUGUC